CCCCCCCACUCCAAGUCUUGACAGAUCUCUCUCUCUCUUCCUGAACGAACGAAUUACGGCACGCAGGUUAGGUCCGGAAUCCUGAUCGAUAUUCGAAUUUGGCAGGACCUGGAUAAGCUCGAUCAAAGUUUCGAUCCCACAGGAGCCAAUAAAGGAGAGUUAAGCAGAGAAGGAAUCUCGAAGGUCAGAACCAUCGAAGAUCUCUAUAUGCUAUCCUCCGCAUCGAUGGCCUAAGAGUAAUUUCAGCAUACAUUUCUUGAGUAGAACAUGUCCCAACACCAAGGGGACGAUAUCGACCACAUGGCAGAUGAUUAUGAAAUGGCAGAUGUUGAUGAUGAGAUGGAUCAAGAGUUUCGUGGUAGAGGAGUGGGUGACUCAGACUCAGAUGAUGAUGAAUAUGAUCACUUGAAUAACAAGAUAACAGAUACUUCAUCUGCUCAAGCUAGGAGAGGAAAAGAUAUCCAAGGAAUCCCUUGGGAGAGGUUAAAUAUUACCAGGGAGAAGUACAGACAGACCAGAUUAGAGCAGUACAAGAACUAUGAAAACAUUCCUCAAUCUGGAGAGGCUUCAGAAAAGGAAUGCAAACACACAAAGAAAGGGGGCAUGUAUUACGAGUUUUGGUGCAAUACAAGAUCUGUGAAGUCAACAAUCCUUCAUUUCCAGCUCAGGAAUUUGGUUUGGGCUACAUCAAAGCAUGACAUCUACCUCAUGUCACACUACUCUGUCAUUCACUGGUCUUCACUAACUUGCACCAAAACUGAAAUUCUCAAUCUUUCCGGACAUGUUGCACCAUGUGAGAAACAUCCUGGGAGUCUCCUAGAGGGAUUUACCCAGACCCAAGUUAGUACAUUGGCAGUAAAGGAUAAAUUGGUAGUUGCUGGAGGGUUUCAGGGAGAGCUUAUUUGCAAGUAUUUAGAUCGACCUGGAGUAAGCUUCUGUUCAAGAACAACAUAUGAUGAUAAUGCAAUCACAAAUGCUGUUGAGAUAUACGAGAGUUCGAGUGGUGCCACUCACUUCAUGGCUUCAAAUAAUGAUUGUGGAGUUAGAGACUUUGAUAUGGAGAAAUUUCAGCUUUCUAACCACUUCCGCUUUCCGUGGCCAGUUAAUGUAAGUACCUGUUUUUGCAUUAGUUGUUUUCUGGUCAUGAUGGGAUUUGAAGCAACCUGAGAACAAUACCAGUUC